AUGACCCUCAAGAUCAGCAAUGGCCCCGUCCAAGGUCGCCUCUUCCUCGCCCUGAACCUGGUCCUCGUGGCAGCCACGCAUGGCUGCGGGUCGUACUGCGGCAACACACCGGCCGUCCCAAUGCCAGCCCCGCCGAUCGCCGUGCCCCCGCCGGUCGUCCCGGUCCCGACCCCUCCGACGACCGGAAGCAGCAGCGGCACCUGCUCGAUCAAUACACUGAAGCUGAAGGCGUGCGGCAACGUACUCAACCUGCUAAAGCUCAACCUCGGCGUGCCGACGAGCGAGGACUGCUGCCCACUGCUCGGCGGGCUCGCCGACCUCGACGCCGCAGUGUGCCUCUACACCGCCAUCAAGGCCAACGUUCUCGGCAUCAAGCUCAACGUCCCCGUCGACCUCGUGCUCCUCCUCAACCAGUGCGGCAAGACCUGCCCCGCUGACUUCACCUGCCCCAGCUGA